GAAGUAAAUGUCAAAUAUAAGCCGAGAGUAACUUUUCUAAAUAAAAUGAAUUUGCGAAAGUUGUAUAAUCACCAAUAGAGAUCCCAAGAAAUUAAAAAUGGCAUUCCAUUCGGGAACCUGUUAAUGUAAAAUAGCAAUGUACCUUUAAAGUACGGUAGCACAACUUUGAGACAAUUAUCUGGAAUUUGUCCCAAAUCCUGCUCCCUCGACAAUCCUUCGAAAUCGAAUAUUCUGUCUCAGUUAUUUUUGGAACAAUGGCUGCGCUUUUUGAAGAGAAUGAUUCUUAUUCGGAUUCCGAAAAUGAAGAAGAUUUUAGCGGCUUUUUGAGUGAAAUCGAAGAAAAUGAAAACGAGGAUGAAUUUGAAAACGACGAUGAGUUUGAAGACGAUGAUGAGCUUGAAAAUGUGGAUGAACUUGAAGAUGACGAAUUAUCCUCUGAAGAAGUGGACAUCCCUUCCGAAAAUGAAGUAAUUGUCGAGCUUCACGAUGGUCAAGCCGAAGUGGAGGAAUCACUUCUUGAUGCUCUUCUUGGAAAAGCAUUGGCAGGAGAUCAGAUGAAUUCUCGAAUUGAAGGACUCUUCGAAGACUUGGACUCUUCAGUUGAACCUGAUAUCAUCGAUCGCAGCGAGUUAGAGGAUGUGGACAGUGGUAUUAGUGUUGGAGCUGUUAGUUCUUCCUCUGCAGAAACUCAAGCUUCUGAUGCGAAAUGCAAAAAUAAGGAUGCUUUCGACAUGUCUUCACUUAAGAAGUAUAUGCAGUACAUCACCGAAGAAGAGCAUGCCGUAUCAGUAGAAGAUAUUCCAGAUUUUGCUUCCAAAAAAAAUGUGUAUGGAACCAGCUUCAACGUUCGCAACGGAAUCAUGUCUCGUCCACCUCGUUUCGAAUUUGCUCGUCACGAUCAACGCUGGAUCGAUUCAUGUGUAUCCAUGGCAUACGAGAAAGACAAGACAUUGAAAGAAUUGAUCACACUGGGAAAGUUGACAACAACUGUCAAGGCUGGAGCCAAAAUUGAAUUCAGAACCAAAUUCACGGAUGUUCAUAUUCGAAGUGCGGAUGAAAUUAACUUGAUGGAGACACAUGACAUCCAACAGAUAAUCCGUGAUGCAUUGAAUUCAAAGCGUCUCGCCGUGGUUCUCUUUGGUAUUGGGAAAGACGGAAAAGUUACUGGAUGCCACAUGGGUCCUGGUCAACAAGAUAAUCUGCGUCUUGCUCUGGAUACUGCUGUUCAAACCGAGUUUGCACCUCCAAUUGAGAAUAUUCUCGACGUAGUUGACAUGAACUUCGUUCCAGUUGAAGAAAUGGAUGAGACGUUUCUGAUUGUCAUUCGAGUGAAACAACUCCGUAAUCAAGUCUAUCGUUUAGAAUCAUCUGUUUGAAGUUGUUAAUCUUCUGUUUUUGUUUUGUUCGUUGUUUCGCUUAAUAUCGCCUCCAUUAUAUCUGUAUCAUGAAGUUUUGUACCAAUUUCUG